AUGCUCAUCGCCAAAACAUUCCACGACGUGCCCAGCAAACUCGACAACGGGCGUCCUAUCCGUAUCUUUGUGGUCUCUCCUGUUGUCCCAAACUAUCCACAAGCAAAGUUUCCCGGUAAUGAAAUCUAUCAAGUGACAGGGCCAGUGGAAAGGUUCGCUGGUCAGAUCGCAAGCCAGGGAUAUGUGGUUGCUUGCCCAUCGACCUACCAUGAAUUUGAGGGACCAGAGGCUAUUCCGUACGAUACCGAAGGCAUCGAGAAAGAUAUAGCUGCGUACGAUGAGGAUGCUACGCUCUCUGUCGAUCUUCUGGUUUCUUUGCCAAACUGCAACGGUCGCAUUGCAGCGACAGGAAUGUGUUUGGGAGGACAUUUGGCUGCUUUUGAUCCCCGCGUUCUAUCCUCAGUCUGCUUUUUUGCGACUGAUAUUCACAGUGCGACUCUUGGCAAAGGCAAGAACGACGACUCUCUUGCACGUGUUCAGAAGGGGGAUAUGACAGGCAAAGGUGAACUCGUGAUGAUUUUCGGGAAACAGGACACGCAUGUCCCUCGCGAAGGUCGUGAUCUCAUCCGCAAGACUCUUGAGAAUGCCGAGGUAUCUUGCUCUUUUCUGGAAGUGCAGGCGCAGCACGCGUUCAUCAGAGAUGAAUCUUCCAAAGGUCGAUGGGACGCUGCUCUCACGCGGUCCUUAUUUACAUUCAUGAUGGAGGUGUUUGACAGAACUAUCGGGAGAGAUCUCGGGCCUAAAGUUGACAAAGGGGAGAAAGUCGAACACGUGUGCUAG